GGGGGGGGGGGGGGACUAGUCAUAACAACUCUUUCUUAUAUAAUCCUGAAUUUUGGAAUUGGUGGAUUCAUAGCUUAUAAGGAAUCUGUCUUUUUACGUAGUUCAAUCCUUUACUUAAUUGUGAAUUUAUUCAUCUUUUUCAAUAUAUAUUGUGCAAGUAUCAAAAACGCUGAAUCCCUCACAAGCAUUUUUAAUCAAAUCAAAGUACGAGUUAUGCUAAGUAAAUUAGUCUUUUUAUUAGUAGUACUAUCUUUGAUAUUACAGUAGUUUCUCACAUAUUUGGUUACCUAUUCAAGAAGAAAACUCUAGAUAUAACCAAAAGAAAAGGGUCUAUAGACAAAAGAAAGGCAUGAAAAUAAGUUAAGGUAUAUCUAAAUUGAAAGAAAACAGCCUCUUAAGCAUCUCAAGAAAAGUUUCUUCUCAAUUUUUAUUUUGUGUGUGUAUAUAUAACCAUUAUAUUCAAUAUCUUCUCUACAAACAACUCAAAAAACAAGAAAAGAGCCUUUAUAACACAUACAAAUUCUCAUAUUAGCAAAAGAAACCGAGAAAACAAUGGAUUCAAAGGGAGCUGCAGCUGCUGUACCAACACAAGUUUAUGAAGAUUUUGUGCCAACAACAGAGUUGGUGCAAGAACAAGACUCUGAUACUCUUCUACUUAAUCUCACAGGUUUCAAAAAGGAACAAGUGAGGGUUCAACUGACCAGAACAGGAAUUCUGAAGAUCAGUGGACAAAGGCCAGUUGUUGGGCAGAACAAAUCGCUUAGGUUCCAGAAAGACUUCCCUGUUUCAGAAAAUUGCGACAAAACAAAAAUCAGUGCAAAGUUUGAAAAUGGCAUUCUUUAUGUUAAACAACCAAAACUGAUAACUUCAUCAGAUAAAAACGAUCAGGCAACGCCAACCACCAAUCCUCAACAGCCCAAAAAACCAGCAGACGAGCCACAACCUCAAAAGAAAGACGAAGAACAAGCAACAACAACAACAACAACAACAAAAGAAUUGCCUAAGCAGCAGGCUAAUGCUGACAAGCCGGAAAUAGAAGAACCAAACACAAAAGAAGCUAAAGAUCUUCAAGAAAAAUUACCUGCUGAGAAAACUGCCACUAAUAGCACAGCACAAGAUAGAAAUAGACAAAAUUAUGAGUCUAAACUUGAAAAUGAUGCAAACAUGGGAGGAAUUGCAGCGCUGGCUGAGAAGCUGAAGAUGCCAAGGAAAGUGAUGAAUAUGAGUCUGAUUGCUCUUUUGGUUCUUGGAAUUGGCCUCUAUGUCAGCCAUAUGAUGAAGUCCGCCAUUACAAAGUUCACGAAUUAAGCUUUUCGUCCAUUAAUCUAAAACUAUAAGUUGGGAUAUUUGCAUUCCUCCCAGCUCAUGUCAGUCUGAAUGAAGAACUCACUGACUACUCCCCUUUCUCAUAGCAUUGCUGAAUUGUAUACAUGAAACAUUCGAUUCAAAAGUUCAUAUGAAUAAAAUAUGACUUAUACUAA